GUCUGCUACUUAAGGUGCAUUUAUCUGCGUAAGUGAGCCCAGGCACAUCCAGUCCUCCUUCGUCACAAGGUUCUCGGGGCAGGAUGAUGAGGCACGCGCUCUUGACAACCUUGCUGGCGCUACUUGCCGUAUUAACGAGGCACUCGAGUUCAGCCCAAGGAGGAUACUUCCCAGGUGCAUCCAUCAAGGGAACCAAAGGGGGAGGAUAUUACCCAUACCCACCUAACCCAUACCCACCUAACCCAUACCCAUACCCAUACCCGACGCCGUCACCCAUAAUUCCGAGCCUGCCGAUGACUUUGCCAUUCAUCGCCCGGGGAACUCUCACCCUCAUUCAAAACGGAUAUUUAGGAGGCGGUGAAUACUAUCAACAGCAACAAAUUAUCCCGCCAAUAGGGUCCAGUAUGGGUAUGGGUGGUAUGAGUGGUAUGGGUAGCUCGGCUCCUUUGUAAGCGUGAUGGCUUAAGGCGUGUUUUAUACAAGCCUUUCAGAGAGCGCGAAUUUUGUGGCUUGUUCAUAGCCCCUCUUUUUCUUUGCCCUGUAUGUGCUUGCGGCAAUGCAUGAAAAGUGGCUGCAGUCUUCACCAAUAAAUGUACCGCUGACCAGCCUGCCCCAAGAAACAAAAAAAAAAAGCCAACUGACUUCUCGACAGUCCACUGUUCCAGUGUUUCCUCUUAAUAAAGAAUGCCUUCCAAAAUCUUGCA